AUGUUUGUCGUGCAAGCCGUUGUCCAAUUCACGCACAAUGUUACCUAUUCUUGCCAAGAGGGUCAGCGGAUCGUGGGUGAUGCCACACCAAAUUGCACGGCUGAUGGAAAUCUCACUUCAGUGCCCUACUGUCAUGCGCUGUACUGUAACGUACCUCUCAUUGACAAUGGCACUGCUGACAGAGCCGUUGUCCAAUUCACGCACAAUGUUACCUAUUCUUGCCAAGAGGGUCAGCGGAUCGUGGGUGAUGCCACACCAAAUUGCACGGCUGAUGGAAAUCUCACUUCAGUGCCCUACUGUCAUGCGCUGUACUGUAACGUACCUCUCAUUGACAAUGGCACUGCUGACAGAGCCGUUGUCCAAUUCACGCACAAUGUUACCUAUUCUUGCCAAGAGGGUCAGCGGAUCGUGGGUGAUGCCACACCAAAUUGCACGGCUGAUGGAAAUCUCACUUCAGUGCCCUACUGUCAUGCGCUGUACUGUAACGUACCUCUCAUUGACAAUGGCACUGCUGACAGAGCCGUUGUCCAAUUCACGCACAAUGUUACCUAUUCUUGCCAAGAGGGUCAGCGGAUCGUGGGUGAUGCCACACCAAAUUGCACGGCUGAUGGAAAUCUCACUUCAGUGCCCUACUGUCAUGCGCUGUACUGUAACGUACCUCUCAUUGACAAUGGCACUGCUGACAGAGCCGUUGUCCAAUUCACGCACAAUGUUACCUAUUCUUGCCAAGAGGGUCAGCGGAUCGUGGGUGAUGCCACACCAAAUUGCACGGCUGAUGGAAAUCUCACUUCAGUGCCCUACUGUCAUGCGCUGUACUGUAACGUACCUCUCAUUGACAAUGGCACUGCUGACAGAGCCGUUGUCCAAUUCACGCACAAUGUUACCUAUUCUUGCCAAGAGGGUCAGCGGAUCGUGGGUGAUGCCACACCAAAUUGCACGGCUGAUGGAAAUCUCACUUCAGUGCCCUACUGUCAUGCGCUGUACUGUAACGUACCUCUCAUUGACAAUGGCACUGCUGACAGAGCCGUUGUCCAAUUCACGCACAAUGUUACCUAUUCUUGCCAAGAGGGUCAGCGGAUCGUGGGUGAUGCCACACCAAAUUGCACGGCUGAUGGAAAUCUCACUUCAGUGCCCUACUGUCAUGCGCUGUACUGUAACGUACCUCUCAUUGACAAUGGCACUGCUGACAGAGCCGUUGUCCAAUUCACGCACAAUGUUACCUAUUCUUGCCAAGAGGGUCAGCGGAUCGUGGGUGAUGCCACACCAAAUUGCACGGCUGAUGGAAAUCUCACUUCAGUGCCCUACUGUCAUGCGCUGUACUGUAACGUACCUCUCAUUGACAAUGGCACUGCUGACAGAGCCGUUGUCCAAUUCACGCACAAUGUUACCUAUUCUUGCCAAGAGGGUCAGCGGAUCGUGGGUGAUGCCACACCAAAUUGCACGGCUGAUGGAAAUCUCACUUCAGUGCCCUACUGUCAUGCGCUGUACUGUAACGUACCUCUCAUUGACAAUGGCACUGCUGACAGAGCCGUUGUCCAAUUCACGCACAAUGUUACCUAUUCUUGCCAAGAGGGUCAGCGGAUCGUGGGUGAUGCCACACCAAAUUGCACGGCUGAUGGAAAUCUCACUUCAGUGCCCUACUGUCAUGCGCUGUACUGUAACGUACCUCUCAUUGACAAUGGCACUGCUGACAGAGCCGUUGUCCAAUUCACGCACAAUGUUACCUAUUCUUGCCAAGAGGGUCAGCGGAUCGUGGGUGAUGCCACACCAAAUUGCACGGCUGAUGGAAAUCUCACUUCAGUGCCCUACUGUCAUGCGCUGUACUGUAACGUACCUGUCAUUGCCAAUGGCACUGCUGACAGAACCGUUGUCCAAUUCACGCACAGUGUUACCUAUUCUUGCCAAGAGGGUCAGGGGAUCGUGGGUGAUGCCACACCAAAUUGCACGGCUGAUGGAAAUCUCACUUCAGUGCCCUACUGUGAUGGUAAGGGUUCGGAUUGA